AUGGGAUCAAAUGCACAUAAAUUUGCUCUCUGUACAGUUCCAGGACAAGUCGGUUCGGGAGGUUUAUUUUAUCAACGUUUAAAUGAUUUUUCGGGUUUUGCUCCUCUACCAAGUGUUUGCUUGCAAAUUUCUAUACUUUCACUUGUACUUCAUUUCAUUCAUAUGGUAUUGUCACGGUUCCAUCAACCCUUACUUGUUUCUCAAAUACUGGGAGGGAUACUUGCAAGUCCAUGGAUUCUUAGCUAUCCAUUUAUUAAAAAAUCAGAUCGCACGCCUAUAGGGAUUACAUAUUUCCUAUUCCCUAAAGAUGGAUUGCAAGUAGUAGACAUGCUUGAUCAUUUCAGUUCCAUGUUUUUUAUGUUUAAAGUGGGAGUUCAAAUGGAUCCUAAAAUAUUAAAGAAAGCUCGUUGGCCAACAUACAUCAUCGGAUUCUGUUGUAUUGUUUUCUCUUAUAUAUCUGGAGAAUUACUUAGCCAUAUACCCGCAUAUGAUGAUAUAAAUGGAUUAAAGUCACCUACGAAGACGACAGGGUUUCAGAGCUCUAAGAAAGUAGUAAAUCUAUUCGGCAUGAUUUCUUUUCCUGUUAUUGCUUAUAUGCUUACUGAUCUCAACAUUCUUAACUCUGACCUAGGCAGUUUAGCAAUUCAUGUAGCCAUGGUUGCUGAUUUUCUUCAUACGGGUGAAAAAUUCUUGACCUUACUCGGCCAAUUAUUCUCAAGAGGAAACCCAACACAUGGAAGAACUGUAGUGUUACUCAUGUUGGGGAUGCUGAUAUACAUAUUUUUAAUUGUGCGCCCGGCAGCAUUAUGGGUUGUAAAGAAUACACCUGAAGGAAGACCAGUAAAUGAUGUUUGUAUUUCCUUAAUAAUGAUUUCAGUUCUACUAUGUGGUCUAGCUAGUGAAUAUUGUGGAUUGAAUGGUACAGUUGGGGCAUUCUUUCUUGGUUUGGCUAUACCUGAUGGCCCACCUUUAGGAUCUGCUCUAGUUCAGAAGCUACGCAUUGUGACUGUAUUUUUCAUGCCUCUUCAUAUGGGGAUCGUUGGGUUUAAGACGAACAUUUACGAUGUCCAUUUUACAUAUCUAUGGCGUGUUUUGCUGGUCAUCCUUGGUUGUAUCCUUGGAAAGUUUAUCGGGCUUUUCAUCCCAGCUGUGCUUCUUGGAGUCUCUGCGCGAGACAGUUUGUUGCUUGGACUCAUUAUGAACUUUAAAGGCAUUGUCGAGGUUUCCAUACUUAACACCUGGCUAGAUUCAAAACAACAACAAGAAAUAUUUAGUGCAGCAAAUACAAUUAUGGUUCUCACACUUGUAGUGCUAGUAGCAGUUAUUACACCAGCGGUGAAAUACCUCUGUGACCCUUCAUUGAAAUACUUAGGCUACAAAGGGAGGUCUAUUUUGCAGUCGAAUGGAAACAACUCACAUUUUCGUGUACUUGUAUGUGUUCAUACCCAAGACGAGGUUCCAGGCAUAAUCAGACUCCUUGAAGCCUCUAAUCCUACAGAACUCCACUCCCUCACCGUUUAUCUCCUCCAUCUCGUUGAACUCGUUGGUCGUGCUACUCCUCUUCUUAUUUCCCACCCAUUGCAUAAACGUGCUUCCACAUCGAACCUUACCAAAUCGGAUAGGAUUAUCAAUGUCUUCCAGCAAUUUCAAAACCAGUACCAGAACCUUGUUACAGUUCAUCCAUUCUCCACCAUCUCUCCGUAUCCUUCAAUGCGCAACGACAUAUGCAGCAUGUCAGUUGACAAGAGGACUUCUCUCAUAAUCUUCCCUUUCUGCAGGCAAGAUGCAGUAAGUAAGAGGGAUGAUCUUGCCAGAUCAAAUAUAUCUAAUCGUUCUAUCAAAACCCUUCUUCAAAAUUUGUUGCGAAGCUCCCCUUGCUCACUCGGGGUGUUCAUUGAUGGUAAUAAUCACCAAACAGAACCUCCUUGCUUCUUCUCGGACACGCCUUACCGCGUGAUAGUACUCUUUUUUGGUGGCCCGGAUGAUCGAGAAGCCCUGGCUUUUGCGAUGAACAUGAUUCAUCAUCCGGCAGUCUUUGUUACUCUUGUUAGGUUUUAUUGUCCUGCGACUCUGUCAUCUGAUGGAGUUAUUGACUAUGGAAACGAAUCUGUUAACAUUGAUAGGCACAAGUUACUUGAUGAUGAAUUGGUAAACUAUUUCAGGGUUAACACAAUGCAUGACGACACCUUGAUAUAUAAAGAAGUAGAGGUGAAAGAUGCUGCGGAAACAAUAUGGGCAGUCCGAUCACUUCACCUCGAUUUUGAUCUUAUGGUCGCAGGGAGACAACAGAUCAUUGAUUCAAAAAUAUUUUCAGGAUUAGAUACUGAUUGGGCAGAAUGUGAAGAUCUAGGAGCUAUCGGAGCUAUGGUAACAUCUCCUGAUUAUGAUGCUGAAGGCUCAAUCUUAAUAGUUCACCAACGUGAUGAGAGUAGUCUAGAUACAGAGGCAGGCAUACUUGCUAGUCCAUGGAUUCUUGGGUAUCCAUUUAUAAAGGUUAAAGAAAGCGUUUUUGGAGAUAGUUCUGAAGAUAUUUCUGGAGAUGGCGAUGCUAUAGGAAUUACAUAUUACAUAUUCCCUCUUGCUGGAUUUCACUUAGUAGACAUGCUUGCGCAUUUCAGUUCCAUGUUUUUUAUAUUUAAAGUUGGAGUUCAAAUGGAUCCCAAAAUAUUAAAGAGAGCUGGGUGGCGAACAUACAUAAUCGGCUUUUGUUGUUUUGCUUGCUCUUUUGCAUCUGGAGCUCAAUUUUCCCAUAGACUAAAAAAUGAUAAUAUACCGGGAUUAAAGUCAAGAGAUUUAGGGUUUCGGAGCUCUGAUAGAGUAGUAGAUCUAUUCAGCAUGAUUUCUUUCCCUGUUAUAGUCUAUGUACUUGAUGAUCUCAAAAUUCUCAACUCGGACCUAGGUAUUUCAGCGAUUCAUACAGCAAUGGUUGCUGAUUUUCUUCACAUGGGUUUAAAAUUCUUUGUCUUUUUCCGCCAAAUAAUCACAAGUGGAAGACAAGCGUAUGCACUACCUGCAGUGGUCAUCUUAUUGGUGACGGUUAUUUAUAUUAUUUUUAUUGUACGUCCGGCAACGUUAUGGAUUGUGAAGAAUACACAUGAAGGGAGACCAGUAAAUGAUAUUUACAUUACCUUGAUAAUGGUUUCAGUUCUGAUCUGUGGAUUAGCUAGUGAAUAUUGUGCAUUGAAUGCCACAGUUGGGGUCUUCUUACUAGGUUUGGCUAUACCUGAUGGUCCACCUUUAGGAUCAACUUUAGUUCAGAAGCUACGCAUUUUCAACGUACUUUUCAUGCCUCUUCAUAUGGGUAUCGUCGGAUAUAAGACAGAUAUUUUCAAAGUUACUUUCACAUAUCUAUGGCGUGUUAUACUGGUCAUCCUUGGUUGUAUCAUCGGAAAGAUUAUCGGGCUUUUCAUCCCAGCUGUGCUUCUUGGAUUCUCUCCACGAGAUAGUUUCUUGCUUGGACUUAUCAUGAACAUUAAAGGCAUUGUCGAGGUUUCCACACUCAACACCUGGUUAGAUUCAGUAAAUAAUAAAAAUAUUUUUGGUGCAUCAAAUACAAUCAUGGUUCUCGCGCUUGUAGUGCUAAUAGUAGUUAUUACACCUGCAGUGAAAUACUUCUAUGACCCUUCAUCGAAAUACUUAACCUAUAAAGGAAGGUCAAUUUUGCAGUCAAAUGAGAACAACUCGGAUUUCCGUGUACUUGUAUGUGUUCACACCAUAGAUGAUGUUCCAGACAUUAUCAGACUCCUUGAAGCGUCCAAUCCUAACAAAUUCCACCCCCUCACCAUUUACCUCCUCCAUCUCGUUGAGCUUGUUGGUCGUGCCUCUCCUCUCCUUAUUUCCCACCCAAGGGACAAACUUGCUUCCACAUCAAACCCUACGAAAUCGGAAAGGAUAAUCAAUGUUUUCCAACAAUUCCAAAACCGAUGUCAGAACUUUGUUACAGUUUAUCCCUUCACCACCAUCUCUCCGUAUUCUUCAAUGCACAACGAUAUAUGCACCAUAUCAGUCAACAAGGGGGCUGCUCUCAUUAUUUUUCCUUUCUGCAGGCAAGACGCAAUUAAUCUGAGGGAUAAUGUGGCCAGACCAAAUAUUUCAAAUCGUGCUAUGAAAACCCUUCUUCUAAAUCUGUUGCGGAACACCCCAUGCUCAGUCGGGAUCUUAAUGGAUGGUAGUAAUCACCAGACACAAUCUACUUUUGUCUUGUCCGACACGCCUUACCGCGUGAUGGUACUCUUUUUUGGUGGCCCGGAUGAUCGAGAAGCAUUGGCUUUUGCAAUGAAUAUGAUUCAUCAUCCGUCCGUCUUCGUUACUGUUGUUAGAUUUUAUGAUCCUGCAAGUUUAUCAUCCGACGGAGUUAUUGACUAUCACAAUGAAUCUGUUAGCAUUGAUGUUGAGAGGCACGUGUUACUUGAUGAUGAAUUGGUAGACCAUUUCAGGGUUAACACAAUGCAUGACGACACGUUGAUAUACAAAGAAGUAGAAGUAAAAUAUGGUGCAGAUACAAUAUGGGCAGUACGGUCACUUCAUGAAGAUUUUGAUCUUAUGCUCGUAGGAAGACAACAAAUCGCUGAUUCAAAAUUAAUUUCAGGAUUAGAUACUGAUUGGGAAGAAUGUGAAGAGCUAGGAGCUAUCGGGGACAUGGUAACAUCUCCUGAUUAUGGUGGCCGGGGCUCAAUCUUAAUAAUUCACCAACGAAAAGAUAUCAGUUAA